CAUGGCGGGUCAAGAGGAUCCGGUGCAGCGGGAGAUUCACCAGGACUGGGCGAACCGAGAAUACAUUGAAGUCAUCACCAGCAGCAUCAAGAAAAUCGCGGACUUUCUCAAUUCAUUCGAUAUGUCUUGUCGUUCAAGACUUGCAACACUAAACGAGAAAUUGACAGCCCUUGAACGGAGAAUAGAGUACACUGAAGCACGGGUGACAAAAGAUGAGACCCUCACCUAG